GAUGAAAAUGAAAGACGAAAGACGAGAUCUGAAUGAGGAGGAGGAGAAAUAUCAGGAUCAGAAAGAUUGUGAUGUCAAUGGAGAAAAAUCAGUGAGUUGCAGCAUUAAAAAAACAGACGUCAAACGGCCUUUCAGCUGCUCUCAGUGCGGAAAGAGUUUUGCAUGUAAUAGAAAUCUUAAGGAUCACAUGUUAAUUCAUGCUGGAAUAAAGCCUUUCAGCUGCUCUCAGUGUGGAAAGAGUUUUACACAGAAAGGACAACUUAAGAAUCAUUUGGUAACUCACAAUUCAGAAAAGUCUUUCAGCUGCUCUCAGUGUGGAAACACUUUCACAUGUAAAGCAAGCCUUGAGAAGCACAUGCUAAUUCAUGCUGGGAUAAAGUCUUUUAGCUGCUCUGAGUGUGGAAAGAGUUUUACACAGAAAGGACAACUUAAGAUUCAUUUGGUAACUCACACUUCAGAAAAGCCUUUCAGCUGCUCUCAGUGUGGAAAGAGUUUCACAUGUAAAGUAAACCUUGCGACGCACAUGUUAAUUCAUACUGGAAUAAAGCCUUUCAUCUGCUCUCAGUGUGGAAAGAGUUUCACAAGUAAAGGAUACCUUAAGACUCACAUGUUAAUUCAUGCUGGAAUAAAGCCUUUCACCUGCGCUCAGUGUGGAAAGAGUUUCAUAUGUAAAGGAAACCUGAGGGAUCACAUGUUAAUUCAUGCUGGGAUAAAGUCUUACAGCUGCCCUGAGUGUGGAAAGAGUUUUACAUAUAAAGCAAGCCUUAAGGAUCACAUGUUAAUUCAUGCUGGGAAAAAGCCUUUCUCCUGCUCUCAGUGUGGAAAGAGUUUCACACAUAAACCAAGCCUUAAGAGGCACAUGUUAAUUCAUACUGGGAUAAAGUAUUUCACCUGCCCUCAGUGUGGAAAGACUUUUACACAGAAAGGACAACUUAAAAAGCAUUUGGUAACUCACAUUUCAGAAAAUCCUUUCUCCUGCUCUCAGUGUGGAAAGAGUUUUACAUAUAAAUCAAACCUUAAUAGGCACAUGCUAAUUCAUACUGGGAAAAAGCCUUUCUCCUGCUCUCAGUGUGGAAAGAGCUAUGCAAAUAAAUCAAACCUUAAUAGGCACAUGUUAAUUCAUACUGGGUAAAAGCCUUUUUCUUCUGCUCUCAGUGUGGAAAGACUUU